AUGGAUCGUAAUCCGGGGCUUACGCGCCAAAUUUCUAAUAUGCGAUGGGUCUUGAAACAUACCUUCAAAAAGAAUGAUUUCCGUCCACUUCAACGAGAGGUGGUCUCCUCCGUCAUCGAAGGACAUGAUGUCUUCCUUCAAGCAUGCACUUCGUUUGGAAAAAGCAUGUGUUAUCAGCUGCCUGCAGUGCUCAAAGAUUGGGGUUUGACUGUCGUCGUUUGUCCACUUCUUUCACUAAUGACAGAUCAAGUGAAUACAUUAAAAGCUCUUGAUGUACCAGUCGCUACGAUCAAUUCCAAUACUACUCAUGAGGAGAGACAACGAGUUUAUGAGGACAUGCUUUGCGGCCACCCGAGUACACGCCUGCUUUAUGUCACGCCGGAGUUGUGCCAGACAGACAACUUCCGCCGCCGCCUUCUUAUAGUUCACAAGCAAGGUCAGCUCAUCCGCGUUGCCAUUGAUGAGGCCCAUUGCAUAAGUGAAUGGGGCCAUGACUUCCGGCCAGCUUACAAAGAGCUGGGCUGGUUCAGAAGGAAUCUUGUCAAUCCGACUGUCCCAAUAACUGCAUUGACAGCGACAGCAACUCCCCGAGUUCGCUCGGACAUGAUCAACAUUCUAGGAUUGGAUCUUGAAACCCUCCGGCUGUUCAAUACUCCGUCGGACCGUCCAAACAUUCACUACGAGGUACGAUAUCUCGCUGACUUCGCUGGUGACAACGAUAGCGCAGAAGACAGCCAGAUACAAAACCUGCUCGGAUGGCUUAAGGGCAUCCAAACCCGACGAGAGGCCCGACUUGGCAGCGAAGCAACACGGCUCCCCCCAAUGUCAGGAAUCGUAUAUGUAGGGACCCGAGCUAUGGCUGAACAUCUUGCCAACCGGUUAUCCUAUUCCUCGGACUAUAUGGUCACGGCAGUGGCAUACCACGCCGGCGUGGAAGCCAGAAAGCGCGCGCACAUUCAAUCAACGUGGAAGUCUUCUCAGCCGUUCCAGCCAGCUGGAGGGGGAAGGACGCCGGUCUUCUCUAUUAUUGUGGCAACCAAUGCUUUCGGUAUGGGAAUCGAUAAUCCAGAUGUCCGCUUUGUCGUGCAUUGGACACCACCGCGAAGCUUUGAAAGCUUUGUUCAAGAGUCAGGACGUGCAGGUCGAGACGGCCGAGCCGCCGCCUCACUCGUCUACUACGGAAUUCAAGAGAGGAACUUCAUAGAGAACAUGAUCUACCGUGAUAGUGAAUCUCACCGUGCGCAGGCCCCUGAAAAUCGAGAUGCCAAGCUUGAAAGCUUCGGCAAGGUCAUUCGGUACUGUGAGAGUAUUAGGAGGUGUAGACAUGAACUGAUCAAAGAGUUCUUUGGUGACUUUGAAUUAGAAGAAAUGGGAUCACAACUGCCGGCCAGGGAGGGUGUGCCUGUUACGAGCUCAUCCCCUUGCGACUUCGCCUGCGAUUUUUGCAAAGAGGGUCGUGCCGGGUUGGCAAAGCGCCGGGAAAAAAUGGCAUCUGAGACUCAGAUGGCUCUCCUAUACGCGGAUUUCGACUGA